GGGACCCGCAGGUGGCUGUCAGCACGGGGCUGUGACAUCAGUGGGGCGGAACUCUAGUCGGCGAGCGAAGCUCUCGGCGCCGUACCAACAAAGGCAAAGCUCAUACCGCACGCUUCCGCCUCGCUCGGUGCGAUACGGAACAGACCCGGCGCCCGUGUCCUCUCCCCCACCGACCACGCCACAUCCUUCGACCAUCCACCCGAGUCUCCAUUUACCAGCAGCAGCACUAGCAGGGCCUCGCAACUAUGGCCUGCACGCGCGAGGUCCUCCCGGGCCUGCUGCUCAGGGCAUCGUCGUUGUCGUCGACGAGGGCGCCGCUGCGCAUAGCCGCCGCCGCCGCCUGGCACUUGCUCGAGCGCGGCGGGCGCGGGGGACGCCACGCCUCCCUGGCGGCGGCCCCGGCCCCGCCGCUGUCGUCAUGGCCCCUGGCGCGGCCGCUCGUGCCAACCCGGCGCUGGUCCCACUCCCAAGUGCCGGCGCAAACCAAGAUCUGGGAUUUCAAGGGUGUCCAGAAGCUCGUGCAAGACUCAAAGUCUGGCUUGGCGCAAAACAUAAUCAUCGUUGACACCCGCGAGCCGGGCGAGCUCCAGUCCACGGGCCGGAUCCCGACGGCCAUCAACAUACCCAUCACCACCCAGCCCGACAGCUUCCACAUCACCGACGACGAGUUCGCCGACAGGUUCGACUUCCCCCGCCCGGAUCACGACGCCGAGCUCGUCUUCUACUGCAAGGCCGGAGUCAGGAGCCGCGCAGCCGCACAGCUCGCCAGAGACGCGGGGUGGAGGAACGUCGGCGAGUAUUCGGGCAGUUGGCUGGACUGGGACAGCAACGGCGGCGAGGUUCAACGGUAAAGGCUGCUACCGGGCGGCAAGCCUCCUCGGUAGCCGUAGAAUAUGGAACAAUCAAUAAUCAGCAGCCCUUUUUGUUCUCGGGAUUCAAGAUCCCAUGCUGUGUUGCAACUCGA